GGGAGAGAUAGAGUGGUGCUUCUUGGAAUGAGUCAGAGCGCCGGGGAGCUGUUUGCAGGAGCCGCGGGAAUAACUCGGAGGGAAUCGCCACGCCGGAGCGCCGGUGGCGGAAUGUGAGAAACUCUUUUUUUUCUCUCUCCCACUUCCAGCAGCGCGUGUUGCUCCGCUCCGUGCGCACACUUCUCCCGCUGGAAAGCCCAGGAGGAAAGGAAGGGUGGAGGGGGGGGGGCUCGACCCCUCGCCUAUGGAUGACUGCGGCCCCCUCUCUCCAAAGGCGAACGCUUUCAGUAUCGCCUCUCUGAUUGCGGCCGCGGAGCGAGCAGGAAGCGCAGCGUUUGACAAACACGGCACCGGCCCGGACAAGGCAGCCCUGCGCAGCCACAGCUCCUUUACAAUGCACUACAGCACUGUCACCCGGGAAAUGGAAGCCAUUUCCAGCCCGUGGCUGACGCAGCUGUCCCAUUUUUGCGAUGUUGCAGCCUUCACGACGAGCAGCCUGAGCAGCCUGAACGCGCCGGGGGGCUACCACCUCUCCCCGUCCCCCGGGGACCCCUACAGCCAGCAGCACGAGGCCCACUUCGAGCCAUGCCCGGCCGCGCAGCACAACUACACCUACCCGGGCUCGAACCCGGGCCAGGGCCAGGCGCAGCCGAGCGACGCGGGGACUCCCAACUGCUCCUCGUCGUCCUCGAGCUCCACGCCGAACGGCAAAAACAUGGUGAAGAAAAACCCCAAAGUGGCCAACAUCAACGUGCAGCUGGAGAUGAAGGCUCUGUGGGACGAGUUCAACCAGCUGGGCACCGAGAUGAUCGUCACCAAGGCCGGCAGGAGAAUGUUUCCAACUUUCCAAGUGAAAAUCUUUGGGAUGGAUCCCAUGGCGGACUAUAUGCUGCUGAUGGACUUCCUGCCUGUUGAUGACAAACGUUACAGGUAUGCGUUCCACAGCUCCUCGUGGCUCGUGGCGGGAAAAGCUGACCCAGCCACUCCGGGCAGGGUUCAUUACCACCCGGACUCUCCGGCCAAAGGCGCGCAGUGGAUGAAGCAGAUCGUCUCUUUCGAUAAACUCAAGUUAACGAACAACCUGCUGGAUGACAACGGCCACAUCAUUCUGAACUCCAUGCACCGCUACCAGCCCAGGUUCCAUGUGGUUUAUGUGGACCCGCGGAAGGACAGCGAGAAAUACGCGGAGGAGAACUACAAGACGUUUGUGUUCGAGGAGACCCGCUUCACGGCGGUCACAGCCUACCAGAACCACCGGAUCACACAGCUGAAGAUUGCCAGUAAUCCUUUUGCAAAAGGCUUCAGGGACUGUGACCCAGAGGACUGGCCCAGGAAUCACAGGCCAGGCUCGCUGCCAAUAAUGAGUGCCUUCGCCAGGACAAGAAACCCAAUGUCAUCUCCACCACAGCAGAACGGCACAGAAAAAGAAGACAGCAGGCGGGAGUACGACGGAGACCCCAGUGGAACCCCCAUACACGCAGACCCGGCUCACCAGCUGAUGUCCCGCGUCCUCAGUCCUGCCCUGCCCGUCCCGGGAGGCCUCCACGCGGUCCCGCUCACAAGUGGCCGACCCAGUCCUCCCCACGACCUGCGGCCGGACCCCCACCCCUUACCCCCGGACACCCUGCACCACCACCCCUACAAGUACCCCACUGCUUACGAACACUACCUGGGCGCCAAGACUCGGCCGUCGCCGUACCCCAUACCCAGCAUCAGAGGACACACGUACCACCACCACAUGAACCCCGCCACGACUAACAUGUACUCGGCGACCAGUGGCCCCUCCAACUACGACUACGGGCCCAGAUAAUGACCACUUCCCUUCGAGGGUUAACGGCACGCAGCACUGUGGGAAUCGUAACAGGAACAGAGACGAUGGUUAGAUCACAUGGCUGAAACUCCUCCCUGCUGGAUGAAUCCUGCCCUAUUUAUUUAAGGAAAAUGCAUCCUUGCAUUAAGCACCUGUUGUAAAUAAGCCCUGGAGUCGGUCUGCGUUGACCUUUGAACCCAUGAGGCAAUAGGUCUCCAUGAUGCUGCUUCCUACCUGAGCAGUGCAUUGAACCGGCCAGCAGAGGAAGCAGGAGCAAUCUGCUCAACACGGAAAAGACUUUAGAUGACAGACUGGAAUUAUUCUUUUUUUGUUUUGUUUUGUUUUGUUUUUUGAUGCACUUUUUGACUUCGCCUUGUUUUUAUUGCUUUAAAAGAAAAUAAAGAAGCCAUACGUUAUUUAGCCCCAUCAAACCUUGUAGGUAGAYGAGAUGUUUGCAUGUUCAUCCGAGAGGCUGUUGACACACAUCCAAAUGUUUUUGCUUGAGGGGAAAAAAAAAAGAAAGACAGAUCAUUUCUUUUGAAAGUUUUCGAACGCCUUGAGCCGCUCUAAGAAGCUUGUACCAUGGCACUGACUUGCAGUAAUUCUAAGUAAAUAAAUGAAGCAGAAUGACUCUUCUGUAUCUGUAAAAUAAACAUUAAAUUCUUGUAAUUCA